AUGGGUGGCAUGCAGCAAGUGACAGACCUCAAGAAAUGGAACAAACUGGCAGACAUGCUUCGCAUCCCGAAAACUGCACAGGACAGACUGGCAAAACUGCAAGAGGCUUACUGUCAAUACCUGCUCUCGUAUGACUCCCUUUCCCCCGAGGAGCACAAGAAACUGGAGAAAGAAGUUCUGCAGGAGAAAGAAAACCUGGAAAAGAAGAAAGGUCCACUGGAGGGGCAGGCAGAAAAUGCUUAUAGGUUACAUUUGCUCCCUAGAUAUGAGCCCAAAAAUGGAUUAAUUAAUGGAGUUGUACACCGCAAUGGCCUACGUGGAAAGCUGAAAGAAAUGGAUGUUCCUCCAAAAAAUGGCAGGCGGAGACUGUUUACUCUGGAAAAAGAAUAUACAGAGGAGGAACCCGAAGAUAAAAGUUUACUUGGUGACCUGCACAAGUGCAUCUACAAGGGAAGGUCCAUGUCUCUCACCACCUUCUUCCGAACAGCAAGGAACGUCAUGAACAUGUGUUUCAAUAAAGAGCCAACUGUAGCAGAGGUUGAGCAAGAAUAUUGGCACAUUGUUGACCAGAAGUCUUGCCACGUUGCUGUGCAUUGCGGAAAGGUCGACACAAACACUCAUGGAAGUGGAUUUCCUGUGGCUAAAGCAGAACCCUUUUCAAGGCAUGGAUGGAAUCUCACAGUCCUUCCUAAUAAUUCAGGAUCCAUCCUGCGACACCUUGGUGCUGUGCCUGGAGUAACAAUUCCUUGGCUUAAUAUUGGCAUGGUCUUUUCUACCUCAUGCUGGUCUCGAGACCAAAAUCACCUUCCAUAUAUUGACUACUUACACACUGGUGCUGAUUGCAUUUGGUAUUGCAUUCCUGCUGAGGAAGAGAGCAAACUUGACAAAGUGGUACACACUCUACUUCAAGCCAAUGGUACUCCUGGUCUGCAAAUGCUUGAAAGUAACGUCAUGAUCUCCCCAGAGGUGCUUUGCAAAGAGGGGAUCAAAGUACACCGUACUGUACAGCAGCAGAGCGGGCAGUUUGUUGUCUGCUUCCCAGGAUCCUUUGUGUCAAAAGUGUGCUGUGGCUACAGUGUUUCCGAAACUGUGCACUUUGCUACCACCCAGUGGACAAGCAUGGGCUUCAAAACUGCCAAGGAAAUGAAACGUCGACACAUAGCAAAACCGUUCUCGAUGGAGAAAUUACUGUAUCAAAUUGCAACAGCUGAGGCAAAAAAAGAGAACAGUCCAACUCUGGGCAUCAUUUCUACUCUGCUUGGAGAGCUCAGGGAUACAGAGUUGAGGCAAAGAAAGGAGCUCUUUGAAGCGGGUCUCCACUCAUCUGCACGAUACGGAAGUCACGACACCAGCAACUCGAUAGUAGAUGGGAAGAAGAAGCCUCGGAAAUGGUUGCAGUUGGAGACUUCAGAGAGGAGAUGUCAGAUAUGCCAGCACCUCUGUUAUCUUUCCAUGGUUGUGCAGGAGAAUGAGAAUGUUGUGUUCUGCCUGGAGUGUGCAUUACGUCAUGUAGAGAAGCAGAAGUCGUGUCGAGGAUUAAAGCUGAUGUAUCGAUAUGAUGAGGAACAAAUAAUUAGUCUUGUCAAUCAGAUCUGUGGGAAAGCGUCUGGUAAAAACAACUGCAGCAGCGACGACAACGACAACAACGACAACAUCGAGAACUGUCUCACUAAGUCUACACCAAAAAGAGGACCAAGGAAGAGAGCCACACUUGAUGUGCCAUCAUCUAGACUGUCAUCUGUCAGUUUGUCCAAAAGUGCUUCAAAUUCAUCAUGA